UCACUGUCACUGUCUCAAACUGAGGUGGGUCUUUUUUUACACUCUCUCUCUACUCAUUUUACUCUUUACUCUCAGGACGCAAUGAGGUUAACAACACUGUGCAUAUGUGGGACCCUGUUGGCCUUCUCAAGCCUCUCUUGGACCUCAGCAGACUCUGAAGAAGGAGACAUCCGGGGGGAUAAUGCAUAUCAACCCUGCGCUGCAACACUGAGACCUGAGGGGCUGUGCAGACAGGGGCAGGAUGAAAGCACGUGCCCCUAUCUAUUCAGUCUACCGCCGCUGACUCUUCAUUUGCCAAAGCAACUCAGGGAGCUGGAGGAGAUCGUCAAGGAUUUGCAGAAGCUGAAAGAAAAUGUGGACCAACUGAGGAAGAUGUGUGCAGAUUGUACAGUAAGCCAAACUGAGAGAGAGUGUGGAAGGCAAAGAGAAACAGGGCAUGAAAAGCUGAAUGAGGGUAUGGAUAGACAUAAGGAUGAGAGAAAUUGUCUGAAUAAGAGAAAUCCUAAGACACCAAAAGGUUUCAGCCAGGAGUGUGAAACAGACAGGGUUAAAGCGGAAAAGACUGUAGAAGGCAAUGAUGACACUGACUCAGAAAAGAGAACAAUUUUGGAAGAGAAAGGGAGAAAGAAAUGGGAAGCAGAUAGAGAGAGUGAUAAAGUGGUCAUAAAAGAAAACCAGAGAGAAGAAACCCUAAAAGAAGUGUCAGAAAAAGAUGGAAAAACUAAGACAGAGGGGGCAAAUCGAAAGGACAAACUGGGGCAGGCCAAGGUGCCAACUGGUGGUGGAAAUGAGAAGAUAGUGCACAUGGUUAGAAAAAAGGUUGUUGAAAAAAAUAGCAGGGAGACAGACAGAAAUAAAAACAACAAUGGAAAAGGGAAUUCAAAGGGAGAUCCAGAAGACACGUUGGAAAAUGGAAAAGAGAGGAAGAUUACAAGUAAUGUAAAAAAUAAGACGAAAACAGAAGAAAGUGACCAUCAUGUGUGGCGAGAUGAUACAAAGGAAACAGAGAAAAACACCCAAAUUGAAAAAGACAAGGACAGUGAUGGAAUAAAGAUGUCUGAGGGCCAUGAUGAGCAUACAAAUCAGGAGCGAGAGCAGCAAAGGGAGGAGAGGAAAAAGGAAAUGGAAAAGGGAAUAAAAGUGGAGCAAAAUAAUGAGAAACCAAAACAGACUGAAAGUAUCGGGCAUGCAGAAAAAGAGAAGACUAUAAAAGAGGGGGAGGUGGAGGAUGGGGAGACGGAAACAAAGAUCAAAACAGAAGGAGAAAAAACAGUCCAGAGCGUGCAGAGAGACAGUGAUGGAGAAUUAGCAUCCAGCAAGGCAACUGAGAGGACAGACUUUGUUUCAAUCAGCCCAACUACUCAAUCUAUCAUUAGUUUAGCUCCAAGGCAGGACGCCAUGGACUCAAACGAAGCUAUAACCUUUACGUCAUCUCUUCCAUCUCCUCUUUUGUCCACCUUAACUUUACAUUUAAUAACAGAUGUCAAUCAAGAGAUGACAAUAGUUGCUGAUGGACUACCAACCCAAAGCACAGGCUUUGGAGCAGCAGUUAUUUCUGAGCACCCAAGCCCUGAUGCAGAAGAAGAUUUUAGGGCUACAAGUAGCCCAAAAACAACAGCCACAAUAAACACAUUGGCUGGUCCUGGACAACAGAUAACCAGUGCCACUUCAAGGUUCCCUUCUACAACCAGUCCGAGACCUGGUGCCGGCUUCCAGGGUCGAAUUAGCUCAACUACAGCAACUACAACCAUCACAACUCCCCGUCAGAAUUUAUACACUACUACAUCCCCAGGAGUCGCAGAUCGUAGCCAAUGGACAGCUAAAAAGAACAUCAGCUCAAACACUAAGACUGGCUCGAAACCUCUAGCAGGCCGAGGACCAAAGUCCAGUGAAAAGCAUAAAACUGCAAUUGAGCCUGAAGCAGACCAAAGGCUUAAAAAUCCUAGGAAUGAUCGUAAACCUGUCCAAGUUCCUUUGCCUCACAAAAAAACUAAACUUGACCAAAAGCCAAAGCCUUCUUACCAAAUACCAACAACCAACCAAAAGUCUAAACCUGGCAAAGACCCUAAACAAGUCCAGAUUCCAAAACCUCUACCUAGUAAUUUACCACCUGAUCAAAAUCUGAAAAACAAUCGAAUACCUAAACAUGACCAAGAACAUACAGCUGACCAAAGGCAGUUACCUAUUCAAAAGACAACAUCUCAAAAACCUCAAACUGUAAACCCAGCUGGUUCUGACAAAGACCCUCAAACGGGCCGAGAGCCUGAAUCUGUUGAAAUCCCAAUUACUUCCCAAAACUCAAAACUUGAGAAAAAACUAGUUCAUCCUCUCAAAUCCGACAAGCCUGACCAACCACAAAAAACUAAACCUGACCAAAGGUCGACAAUAAACCAACAUUUCCCACCUGUUCAAAAGCCCCAAGCUGAAAUAAUUGAAACAACUAGCCUCACGCCAACACCUAACCAAAAGCCUAUAACAGAAUUAAUGCAAUAUGCUGAUGAAAAUCCUUUGCCUGUCAACAACUUAACACCUGAAGAAGAAGUUACACCUGAAAGUACCCUGAUCAAUCCCCCUGAUCAAAAGCAUAAAUCCAGCAAGAAAAUCCCAAAAAUAAACCAAAAACCUAAACCUAACCAAAAACAUCCAGCUCUCACAACAGGCCAAAAGACUAAGCCACAUGUGAAGCCUGAACCUGACCAAACAGUACAACCCUAUCAGGGGCUUAAAACACCUCAGCCUGACCAAAUGCCUAACAUUAACCAAAAAUCUGCGCCUGACAAAAUUCCUGAAACAGAAUCCAACAAAAAAUCCAAACAGAAGCCUCCACCCAUACACAGGCCACCAACCAGGCCUACAGUCAGUCCUGCAGUCAGGCCAGGAGCAACACCUGUUCAAAGACCCAAACCAACAGUGCAACAAAAGCCAAGUCCAAAGACCAAAGCAGAUUUAGAUCCCCUUCAAAUCAACUGGAAUAAAUCAGAAGAUAUCCAAAACUCUCAAAUCGACAUGCCACCUGUAUUAAGCCCUAGAAUACAGAUUGCUGAAGUUAGUCAUUCCCCAGGGGACACAGAGUUCAGUCCCAGCACUGAAAGAAGUGAAACAACUAGCCUCACGCCAACACCUAACCAUAAGUCUAUAACAGAAUUAAUGCAACAUGCUGAUGAAAAUCUUUUGUCUGCCAAUGACUCAACACCUGAACAAAAGCUUACACCUGACCGUCCCCUGAUCAAACCCUUUGAUCAAAAGCCUAAACCCAGCCAGAAAAUCCCUAAAAUAAACCAAAAGCGUAAACCUAACCAAAAACAUCCAGAUCUCACAACAAGCCAAAUGACUAAAACACAUGUGAAGCCUAAACCUGACCAAACAGCACAACCCAAUCAAGGGCUUAUAACACUUCAGCCUGACCAAAUGCCUGAUCUUAACCCCAAAUCUGUGCCUUACGGAAUUCCUAAAACAGAAUCCAACAAAACAUACAAACCAAGGCCUCCACCCAUACACAGGCCUACAGUCAGUCCUAUAGUCAGGCCAGGAGCAACAGCAGUACAAUUGCCAAAACUAGCAGUGCAACAAAAGCCAAGUCCAAAGACCAAAGCAGAUUUAGAUUCCCUUCAAAUAAGCAGGACUAAAUCAGAAGACAUCCAAAACUCUCAAACCAACAUGCCACCUGCAUUAAGCCCUGUAAAACAGAUUGCUGAAGUUAGUCAUUCCCCAGGGGACACAGAGUUCAAUCCCAUCACAAUGCAAACUAUCACUCCGGGUCCAAAGACCUCCAACAGCCUGGAGACUGGACCCUUCCCUCGCCUUCACACACUCUCCGAAGGCUUCACGAUGAGCCCAAACAGCAGGAUUGCGUCUGAUCUGAGGCCACAAACCGCCAGUCGGCCACCAUCGAUCCCAAUGACAACAAGCCCAAAAAACAACAACCGUGUGAUCCUUCCAAGUGUUAUCUCUAGCAUUAGUCCAGGCUCUACAAAGCCAAAUCAAGCUACUGACUCUCGCUCACAAGCUAAGAUACUUCACAAUGUGGAGGAAACGGCACCCAGACAAACUGCAGAAUCAGACAAAAUGAUUCCAGUCCCUACAACCAGUGUCCAAACUACCUCCAACAGCCCUGACCUUAGGUCAACAACCCCUGCCACCUCUGGCCCCGAGCCCCUGGCUGCUGAGUUUGCCACUCCCAGUGCCCGAGAGCUGCGUGUGAAAAUCAACCAGGUGGCCGCUUUCUUCAAUAACAGCCUGAGUGAAAAUGGAAGACCACCGGAGAGGCGUACAAAAGAGCACCCAGAGGACAACCAGGGAGGCAGCAGGCCUGAUAGCAAACUACCAACACUAAUAACAUCGAAAGUUAACACAGCUAGCGACUGCUCCAACCACCUACUCAGGGGGGAGACAAAAAGCGGAGUGUACCUGGUGACCCCUGACCUCCGCAGCAAAAGCUUCCCUGUCUUCUGUGACAUGGAGCUGGAUGGAGGAGGGUGGACGCUACUGCAGCGCCGACAGGACGGCAGCGUGAGCUUCAACCGCACCUGGGCUGAGUACCGGUCAGGCUUCGGGGAGCUGGAUGGAGGGGAGUUUUGGUUGGGCAACAAUAUGAUCCACCUGCUGACCCGGGACAGGGAUAUGAUGCUGCGGGUGGAGCUGGAGGACUUUAACGGGGUGAUGGAGUAUGCAGAGUACGAACAGUUCAGAGUGGCAAGUGAACGGUUGCGCUACAGACUGACGGUAGGCGGGUACUCGGGGACUGCAGGUGAUGCUCUCCGCUUUAGCAGACGUUAUGAUCACAACAACAGGGCGUUCACCACGCCGGAUAGGGACCACGACCGCUACCCAUCCGGGAACUGUGGCGCCUACUACAGCUCCGGCUGGUGGUUUGAUGCCUGUAUGGCUGCAAAUCUCAACGGCAGAUACUAUGUAGGGAGUUACAGGGGAGUCCGGGAUGGGAUUUUCUGGGGGACAUGGCAGAACAUAUCUAAUGAGUAUUACCCCACCAAUGAGAGACAGUCUUUUAAAGCUGUCACAAUGAUGAUCCGACCAAAGGGCUUUACACCAUAAGCGGUGACUGUCUACCAGGGCAUGUUGGAAAAGAAACAUAAGGGGUCUAACUACUAACUUCAACCAUAAGCUCCUAACAUGAUCCAGUUUAAAAAAAAACACCAGGCUAUAUCUUUCACACCACACGGUUAUUGUACACCAUUAGCACAAUGCUGCCGCCUUGUGGCAUUUCAUUCUGCAAUAUUGAUUUGUUUCCAGUGAAGCCUUUGACAAUGUACCCUACACACGGUAGUACAAGGUUAUAGUCCUAAUUAAAUGGUAUUUUUUCAUAACCUUUUAAUAUUAAUGUAUUUUUGAGAGUGGGAUUUGUUUAAUGACAAGAGAGGGAUAUCCUCUUGUGAAGAGUUUUUUUUCAGUAAAUAUGACGGGUAUGUAGCAACAGUGUAUGAUAUUUUUUAUUAUUGGAGUACUGGAAAGCCUGUUGAUGGUUGAUUGAAGCUGUAUGGGUGUUUUUAUAAUUAAGAUUGCUUUGUUAAGAUAAAUAAAAUUGCUG